UGACCUACACAUUGAAACAUGGCGGCUUCCGGAAAUCGUGUAUUGAUCUACGGAGGAAAGGGAGCUUUAGGCUCUGUUAUCGUGAAUUAUUUCAAAGGAAAGAACUGGUGGGUAGGUUCUAUUGACCUGAACCCAAAUGAGGAGGCCCAUGCCAACAUUGUGGUGAAGCCAUGUGAGAGCCUAGUGGCACAAGAGGAAGAGGUCUCUCGGGGAGUCGAGGCAGCAUUGGCUGGAGAAAAGGUAGAUGCUGUUCUGUGUGUCGCUGGUGGCUGGGCAGGAGGCAAUGCAGCAGUGAAAGAGUUUGUCAAGAAUACUGAUAUGAUGAUGAAGCAGAGUGUGUGGACAUCUGUCAUAGCUGCACACUUAGCUGCCAAACACCUGAAGGAGGGUGGUGUCCUGCAGCUAACAGGUGCUCAACCAGCUCUCAAAGGAACACCAGGAAUGAUUGGGUAUGGCAUGGCGAAAGGAGCAGUCCAUCAAUUAGUACAGAGUUUGGCUGCAGACAACUCAGGUCUUCCUGCUAAUUCUAUUGUAGCUGCAAUACUUCCGGUGACACUGGACACUCCCAUGAAUCGUAAGUGGAUGCCAGAUGCUGACCAGACCACAUGGACGCCACUGGAGACUGUUGCAGAGUUGUUUUACAACUGGAGCACUGGCGUUGACCGUCCAUCUUCAGGAGCCUUAAUACAACUGAUCACAGAGGCAGGCAAAACCAGCUAUGUACCAGCAUAGUUGCCUCCCCACGUCAGAAAUAUGCAUAACAUGACCCAUAUGUUCCUUCAAUCACUGACUUUAUAGAUCUGUUCCCUUUUGAAGAGUUUGCAUACUAGCAACAUUAAAUAAGCCUUCAUUGGCUAAACUGGAUUGGACAGUUACUUUGAAUCAUAUAAAGCAAUAAAGAAUGGAGUGAAUCACACCCAUCUUAUUUAGUACUCAACAAUAGGAGAAUGGUUUAGUACUAUAUAUGUUAAAUUCAAUAUGUACAAGGUAGAUCUGUAAAAAAUAAAUGUAUAUUUUGUCUCAUCAUUGUACACAAAAACACAAAGUGAAAAACCUUGGUAAGCAAACCAAAUUUUUCGAUCGCAGUUUCAAGUGAACCCAUAUUACAAUUAUUACAUUCCGGUGUCAUUUUCUUUUUCUGACUUCCAUUUAAUAAAUAUAAUAUAUAGUUUGUGAUGACCAGCUUUACUGCGAUAAAUUAUUGUACACCCAGUAUUUACAUUUUUGACCUGGGGUAUGUUUUACAAUGCCUAGUAUAUGAUUGGACAAGAUGUUUGUUGUUAACCCAUAUAAGGACAUAGUCAUAUGUGCAUGCCAUGAUAUUUCAAGAGCAGCUAUAAUAUUUAAAGGCCAAAGAAAAGGGGUAAAAUAUAUUACACUGCCAAAAUUAUGUAUACAUUAUAGUAUAAGUACAUGUAUAGUGUAUGGAAUCGUGCUUAUAAGUUGUUGUUUUAAUUGUAUAGCUGUGUUAUAUAAUUGAAUAUCAAAAAGUGUCAUUUCAUUUACAUUCCAGUAAAUUAUUUAUAGUUAUUGUUGCACAUUUGAAAAAGUGAUUCACUAGUUUGCUUCAUUCAUACUUUGCUUUGCUCUUAAAAUGACAGUGCCUUGAAUUGAAGGGCAAAUCGAACAUUCUCCUGCCUUCAAUGGAGGGGACCAAAAUAUAUUAGAAAGAUAAAUAUUAUAAUGGUGUGUAUGUUGUGAAAAGAUGUUGUAACACAAGACAUCAGUUGAAAUUGAUCAUGAUGAGUGUAGAUGGUUUUCUUAACCAACUCUAUCAUAAAUAUUACACUAUUUUGUUUCAAAAAAAGGUCACACCAAUUUAAAAUUAUGAAGCUACUAUGAUUUUGAUAUUUCGCUAUAUGCUAUAAUAUUAAAUAUGUUUUGUUGCCAUAUGUGUAUUGAUCUGCUUUACAAGUUCAUACAAAUAUACAUUGAUGUAGUCUUCCUCUUCCAAUAAACAUUUUAGUCUUUAAUAUACACAAAAAUUCCAUUCAACUGGGGUGAAAACAAGUUCAUCACCCCCACAUAUAUUUCCUGUAGCCCAAGGGGCAAAGGAUAAGUUUCUAUAUAAUGAUUAAAGAUGAACAUGCAUGUAUACUCUGAACAUAGAAUGGAAUAUUUGUUUUGUU